AUGGGAGAUCCUGGAUGCCUCACCCUUCCAUGUGAGUUUGGAAAUAAUCUGAAGACUUAUGCUCUAGAUGAUUCUGGGGCUAGCAUAAAUUUGAUGCCUUAUUUGUUUUAUCACAAGAUGAAUAUUAAGAAGAUGAAGGCUACAAAAAUGACCAUUCACAUGGCUAAUCGUUCAGUUACUCAUCCUAGGAGGAUUAUAGAGGACAUCCUGGUGAAAAUUGGGAAAUUCUUUUUCCCAGUUGAUUUUGUGGUUAUGGACAUGAAAGAGGAUGUUAAUGUCCUAAUCAUUCUUGGUCGCCCUUUACUUAAUACUGCUAGAGCUUUGGUUGAUGUUCGUGAAUCCGAGCUUGCUUUGAGGGUUGGAGAUGAAGAGGAAACUUUUGGAGUUCAAGAUGGUCUCCAAGGGAGUGAUGUUCAUGAUGAGGUCUUCAACAUUCAUGAAAAGAAUGAACUUGAAGAAUUAGAGAAGCUUAUGGAAGAAGAGAUUCAACAAGUCAAACACACCAAACCAAGAGCAUCCGUUCCAAUUGUUUUCGAAGUGUUUGCUUCUAAAACUCCCAUAUCUUUUGUAAGAAAAGAAAGCGACGAUUUAUCAAGCGAUGAAGAUGAGGUUACUUCAAAGGAGACGGGUCCAGUGGUGAAAGAAGAAAAGAUUCCUAUGGAGCUUAAAAAGAAUGAAGAAAAAAUGGAGACUAAAAGGAUCAAAAGAAAGUUUGAUGUAGACAAGGUGAAAGCUAAAAAGGAGAACUCGAAGAAGGCGUAUAUUAUACGUGUCUAA